AUGAAGUUCAUCACCGGAAUCGCCAUCUCUGCGCUUCUCUGCGCUGACGCUGCGUUGGCUGGAGUUGCGGCUAACCGUGGCCUGGCUCGACGCCUUGCUCGACGCGCUGGUCGCCGCUCAGCGCCUUUCAAGAAUAACACUCUUCACGCGAGCGUUCAAUCCAAUUGGGGAGGCGCCAUUCUCCAGGGUUCAGGCUACAGCGCUGCUUCGGCUACUGUGAACGUCCCAACAGGUGGCGGCGGUUCCAGCGCUGCAGGCACGGCAUGGGUAGGAAUUGACGGAGACACAUGUGACAGUGCUAUUCUGCAGACUGGCAUUGAUUGGUAUGGCGAUGGUACAUACGAUGCUUGGUAUGAGUGGUACCCUGAAUUUUCUGCCGAUUUCUCUGGCAUUGACAUCUCUGCUGGAGAUCAGAUUGCUAUGUCGGUGGUGGCUACAUCUUUGACUGGUGGCUCUGCCACUCUUGAGAAUUUGACCUCUGGCCAGAAGGUGACCCAAAACUUCAGCAAGGUUACUGCUGGCUCACUGUGUGAGACAAGCGCCGAGUUUAUCAUUGAGGACUUUGAAGAGUGCAACGAAAAUGGCAGCGACUGCCAAUUCGUGCCAUUUGCCUCGUUCAGCCCUGCAGUCAAGUUUAGCUCUGCUUCAGCUACCCAGAACGGCAGGACUGUCUCUCUUAGCGGCGCUGUCCUCACCGAGGUCGAAAUCAACAACAAGGAUGUUACCAAGUGCUCAGUUUCCGGCAGCACUCUGACUUGCUCUUAUGUUUAA